AUGUUAAGAGUUAUGGUAAAUUAUGCACCAUUAGUAAUCGUUGAUGCCUUACAGAUGACGUUUUACGCUGGUCUGAUGUCUAUCGUCGGCCGCUAUGAGAUUGGGGAAGACCAAGAGGAGAAGAAUAGAAUGGAGAUCUGCAUUGCCGAAAACAGAGUAAAUAUUGCGCGACACCAUCGCCCUCUCACUGUGAGUCGCUUCUGGUAG